GACGCGUGGCCAUCACGCCCCACGUCACCGGGGCCCGGACCGACACCUUCGGUCGCGUAGAUAUCAGUCGUCUAGGUUUCACCACCGGAGCGCACGUCCGAGUUGCGGUCGGAAAAGGCCUCAACGCGCCCCUUGGGGGCGCAACGCGCGUUUGUUGGGCACGUCGUCGCAGCACACAUGAAGCAUGCGUGACAUGGGGAAUGACCUAGUCAUGGGUUGCGAGGGAAGCGGAAGACUGCUCCUGUGUACAGAGAAUUGGGAAAUACCCUUUGUUUGGAGCAUGGUUGAGAUUGUUUGUUCGUAUGUCAGUCUCAAACAACGAUUGAGGCAGCUUAAGAUUCUGGCCACGGCGGUAAAUCUUGGCAGCGGCAUUGGGCAAACGAGCUUAGACUCGUUGGUACCUGUCACAGGCCACAGGCUUGUGGAGCAUGGAGUCUGAGUCACUCUUUCGGCAGACACUCCAUGUAUUUAUAGUGGAAUGUAUUUGCAGUCAUCAUCAGUAUCCCUAUACAGCCUAUACAGGUCAGGAACUGACCUCGAAUAAAACUAGAGUCGAUGAUACCAAAACAUGACUCGAAAUGAGGUUUUUCUGGGCCCGGUCCUGGACCGGCUCCAGGGUAUGCUUAAAUGCUUCCAUGAUUUUUCAGGUGUUGCUUAUGGUGAUUGUUUAUUUUCCCAUAUGUUCCUUUCUUUUCCCUGGUUAAAUCAUGUUAAAUCCAUUCAAAUCCCCUUCAUGGUGGAAUGUGUUUUCAUUGUUUCCAGCUUCAAGGGACAGCGUCGGAACCGCUCCAGGCCGGUCGGUCGCUUCGCCAAUGACGCCAACCCAGGCGAUCCGCCAGGCUGUGAACGUGCCAGGCAUUGGACUUCCCGACAUGCGCGUUGCUCAAGUGCCUGCACGACCAGGAGCGCUUCCGGAACGCCGCGCUGCGCUCCCGAAGACCCGCGCCGGCGGAGGUAGUCGCUGGCUUCGUGCCCCUGAGGGUGUGACAGCGGCCUCGCGCUUGGCCGUCCAACUGCCCGAGGACGAGUUCACGUACAUUGAUAGGCCUUGGCCGCACUUUGUGACACGCUGGGCUGCCAUUGAUGCCACCCUCCAGGAUGCCUUUGGCGAGGCGGGUUUUACCCUUUUGGAUUUGGGCAGCUGCUCCGGAUUCUUCAGCCUUCAGGCCGCUGUGGCAUAUCCCAAUGCGCAGAUUGUGGGCGUGGAGGGCUCUGUAGGCAUCGGGAAUGGCACGCUUGGAGUGGACGGCUCGCAGGAGCAGAUCAUUGAGACGAGGGCCAUUCAGACACACCUGAAAUGGAUCCAACGGUUAAACUUGACGAACUGCGUGCUGGCGCCCGACGUCUGGGACCUGACGAAGGUCGCUGCCUUGGCCUCCCAGCCGGGCUACCUUUGUGACGUCACGCUGCUUCUCUCCGUGGUGCACCACAUCGACAACGUCUCCUUGGAUCAGUACGCGGCCAAAGGCUUGAGUCGUGUGGAGG